UAUGAUUUCCGAGGCCCUUUAAAUGUAGCAUCCAAGCCCAGCCGAACCAAACCGCCCAUUUCCGGUGGUAAACAGGAAGCUGUUUUCUGAUAUCAGCAGCGCUUUUCUCUCUUCAUAACAGAAGAUAAUUAAACUAAUUUAUCGGACCGGUCCAUAAACAAAGAGGCGAUACAGAACCUCGGUUUAACUCGAGCUCAGCUGGAGGGUCAUGCUGUCGGACGCAGAAAAGGCCUGUUUUCUGCAGAGCUCCACUGUCCCCCUGACACCGUUUGUUAUUGUGGCUGCAGAUUACUCCGGGGACGGGUCCAGUGCUCGCAGAGCCAGGAAGCGGAGCUCCGGGGACUCCCCGGGGGACGGACAGGCCCUGCGCUCCUCCGGGAGGCAGAGCACGGCCCGGGUAAAGCGCAGCAACAACCCUCCACCUGGACAGAGUAAAAGAAAAGCCACAGAAACGGAGGAGGAAGAUGAGCAGGCUGAGAAGAAGUACAGAAAGUGUGAGAAGGCCGGAUGCUCGGCCAUGUAUCCUGUUUGUUUUGCGAGUGCAUCAGACAGGUGUGCAAAAAACGGAUACACAUCUCGCUGGUAUCACCUGUCGUGUGGUGAACACUUUUGCAACGAGUGCUUUGAUCACUACUAUAGAAGUCACAAGGACGGCUACGAGACCUUUGCUUCCUGGAAGAAGGUCUGGACUAGUAACGGGAAAAGUGAGCCCAGUCUUAAAGCCUUCAUGGCCGACCAGCAGCUGCCAUUCUGGGUUCAGUGCACCAAACCGGACUGCAGGAAGUGGCGCCAGCUGACCAAAGAGAUCCAGCUCACAUAUCGCUGUGGGUUGAAGGUCAACGACAUCAAGAGUGAGGCACCUGACCAGUGUUCCCAACCAGAGGACCUGAGGGUCGCAGAGGUGAGCGACAGCUGGUGGCACUCCAUGCUGAUUCUACCGCCGCUGUUAAAGGAAAGCCCGGCCGGCGCGUUUCUCUCAGCAUAUUAUCCUGACUGUGUGGGGGUGAGUCCGUCAGGGUCUCCCUGCGACGUGUCCAUGGCCGAGCUCAGGACGGACCCCUGCAGAGCCGUGCAGCCACAGAUUCCAGGUCUGUGUCCAUACUUCCAGCCGUUCUACCAGCCUAAUGAGUGCGGCAAGGCUCUGUGUGUGCGGCCUGACAUGAUGGAGCUGGAUGAGCUUUACGAGUUUCCAGAGUUUUCCCGUGAUCCCACCAUGUAUCUGGCUCUAAGGAACCUUAUCCUGGCCUCCUGGCACAAGAACUGCCAGGAAGUGCUAACUGCUGAGAAGUGUGCCCAGCACAUCGUUGUCCGUGGGUUGGUGCGUGUGUGCUGCGUGCAGGAGCUGGACCGGGUUCUCCACUUCAUGACCAGGAAGGGCUUGGUCAACACUGGCGUGCUGGCAGUGAAACAGCCUCUGCUGCCUGAAAAAUACUGCUCUAAGAAGGUGAUCAUCGGUGCUGGUGCCUCAGGACUGGCUGCUGCCCGGCAGCUGCAGAACUUCGGCACACAGGUGGUGGUGCUUGAGGCCCGGGACAGAAUUGGCGGACGGGUGUGGGAUGACACAUCUCUAGGCGUCACUGUUGGCCGAGGCGCCCAGAUCGUUAACGGUUGCGUGAACAACCCCAUCGCUCUGAUGUGUGAACAGGUUCAUCUGCUCGAACUGACAACAGUCUGUUCACGCCUCUGCAGGAUUGCUCUUCAGUUCCCGAACCGAUUCUGGGACUCCAAGAUCCAAGGUGCAGACUACUUUGGUCACAUCCCGCCGUCUCCUGAGAGGAGAGGGAUGUUCAGCGUCUUCUACGACCUCGAUCCUCAGGGAAAACGAGCUGUGCUGAUGUCCAUCAUGUCUGGUGAUGCUGUUUCUGCUGUUGGGGAACUGGAGGACUUGGAGGUGGUCGAUGAGUGCAUGAAGGUCUUACGAGAACUUUUCAAAGACCAGGAGGUUCCAGAUCCUCUGAAUUAUUUUGUGACUCAUUGGAACAAAGACAUAUGGUCCCAAAUGUCGUACAGCUUUGUAAAGACAGGGGGCAGUGGAGAGGCCUACGACAUCCUGGCUGAAGACGUGCAGGGAAAAGUUUUCUUCGCUGGCGAGGCCACAAACCGACACUUCCCUCAGACUGUGACCGGAGCCUACCUCAGCGGGGUCAGAGAGGCCAGUAAGAUGGCUGCCGUGUGACCGAACCAGCCCGGCGCUCUCUGGCACACCAGCAUGAACUCCUCUGUGUCAAACAGACCAACACACUGCUGAUCGCCUGGACUAAGACCGCUGCCUGUUUUCUGCUGCAGGGUUGGGUCAGGUUCUCAUGGACCUGCUCCAGCAUAUUUCCACCCAGAGAAAGGCUUUUUAUUUAUAUUACAUCAUCAUUAUUAUUAUUAAACCACAGUUUCAGAGAUUAGAAACAUGAUUCAGGCUGAACAAUGUGUAAUGUGGGUAAACUCUGAAUUGGAGGAGAUUUAUGUGAUUAUGGAAAAUCUCGUCGGUGAGUUUUUCCUCCAACGUUUCCCAACUGUAAGAAUUUCUGAUCUGUAGUUUUUCUAGUCAAUGUUUUGCUCGAAUCGAUUGUUAGAUUUAAUGAGUGAUUCUUCCACAGCACUUUUGAUUUAAAAAGAAAAGGAAAUGAUUCUGACUGAGUGGACCUCACCUUUCAGACCCCAACAGACUCUUCAGUUUGUUUCUCAGGGAUCUUAUCAGGAAAACAAGCGCUUACACUAAAACAUCAGACAGUUUUCAAUAUGUUAGCAUAAAAAAGAUGGAAAUCUGUCUCCUGAAACGUGAUGUUCUUGACCUUUGGAUUUGAAGCAGCAGAACCUUCUCACUUUCUCUUGAUUCAUUUUGACUAACAAGGAUUCAUGUAUGACUUCA